AUGAAGGGGUUGGAAACUUUAUAUUUUAUUAUAUUUAUAUUAAUUAUAGCCGUGGAAUCAGAUGCAUCUAUUUUGCACUGGCUAUUUGGUCGGUAUUUUCCAAAAUAUAGAGUAUCAUUAGAAGAUUCAAAUAAUUGCAGUUCUGUAUACAUUCAAAUAGAUGAUAAUCCUCAAUAUGUAAACACACUUAUAGCCUUAAAAGAAAUAAUUGAAAUGAGUUCUUCUAAAGAUCUAAUUAAUGUAUAUCCUUCACUUGAGCUUCUCGAUAUAAUAUUAGAUAUGAAAAAUACAACUACUUAUGAUACUAUAACAAGUCUUGAUUUUUUGAUAUCAUUGACAAAGCAAGAAAUGAGUACUGAUAGAAAGAUUCAACGCCUAUCAGAUUUAAGGACUUCUUUAGACAAUGUGAUAUUAUCAAACAAUAAUCAACCAAUAAAAUAUAAGGAUUUUAAUUAUAGUCAAGUUUUAGAAUGUGUAGAUAAUUCUAUUGAGAGUAUGAAAACUUUGAAUUUAAGUAACAGUUCAGAGUCACUAAUACUCUCACAAAAAGGUAGAGACUUUUACUCAGCUCAACCACUAAUAUCAUGUCCAAAGAAAAAUAUAUUUGGAAAUUUGAGAACUGUUUUUAGCAAACACUACUUAAUUUCAACUUUAGAAACAAUGGGAGUUAAUGUAACCGAAAUGAACUUAAGACUUAACAAUUUUGGCAAUAUGCUAGAUAUAAAUUCAACUUUGGGAUAUAAUGAAGUUAAUUCUGAAAUAUUACAACCCCAAUAUAAGGAUUACAUUGAGCUAUUUUCUUUAGAUCUUGUUUGUACUAUUGCAGAUGCAACAAGAUUCGUUCAACAAGCUGCAACGGCAGGAUAUAUAAGUAAUAUUUUAACACCUACUUAUUUAUUUUUAGAGAUUUUAAAAAGAGAUAAGCAAAGUAAUAAAGAGAAUUGUUUUGAAAAUAAUAAUUUUAAAUUUAGAAGUGAGAGUGAAAUUAAAAUUUUGGAUUUUGAUUCAGAAGACAUAAUAAGAACAGAUGACUUUAUAGUAAGUAAUACAGGUGUAGAAAAUUUAUCUGAAGGAACUCCAGUAGUAAAUCUAUUUGACUAUAUAUUAAAGUUUAUUAGUUCUUAUAAUAUAACUUAUUAUAAUGUCUUUGACAAUUUACUGAAUAAACAUGAAGAAAUAUAUACUUUUGAAAAACGUUUAGAAAAUCAUUUAAAUAAUACAGAAGUUAAUAAAGUACAUGAGGUGCCUAGCAAAAGUUUUAUUUCAAGACUUUAUGAUUUAGAUACAAAAGAACAUUCUAAAGUUUCUCGAAAUAUUGUAGAUCUAACAGAUUUAGCAAGUAAAGGUAAAAUAAAACCUCUAGUUGGUCGACUAAAUGAGAUGGCAUUAAUAGAGAGGGUUUUAUCACGCGAAGGUAAAAGUUCAGUUAUGCUUAUAGGUCCACCUGGUACUGGUAAGACGACUCUAGCCGAGGCUUUAGCUCAACGUAUUAUAGAUGGUACAGUAACAAGUUUUUUACUAGGAUACAAAGUAUUUUCUGUAGAUAUUUCAAAUAUUCUAUCUGGCUCAACCUUUCGGGGUGAAUUUGAGGCAAAACUACAUGAUAUAUUGAAGUUAGUUAAUGGUCAUAACCAGAAAGUAAUUUUAUUCUUUGAUGAAAUGCAUCUGAUUAUAGGUUCAGGUAGAUCUAGUAAUGGGGGAGCUAUGGAUGGUGCAAAUAUCUUAAAAAGUGCAUUAGGUAAAGGUGAAGUAAAGAUUAUUGGAGCUACUACAGAUGAAGAAUAUUUCAUGUAUAUCAAAGGAGAUAAAGCAUUUGCAAGGAGAUUUGAGAAUAUUCAUCUAGUCGAACCAAGUAUAGAUGAAACAAAAUAUUUAUUAUUAGGUUUAAGAAGUGAUUUUGAAAAUACAUAUGGGGUUUUUUUUUGUGAUGAUGCUAUUGAAUAUGCUGUCUUUUUGAGUGAUAAAUAUAUCGGAGAUAAUAACCAGCCAGAUAAAGCAUUAGACUUAUUAAAUUCAGCUGCUUCGAUGGUAAGAUCUGAUUCUUAUAGUAGUAGUAAUGUAACAAAUUUAGCAAAUAUUUUAAAAGAAGAAAUACAACAGAUAGAAAGAAGCCUGAAACUAUAUACGGCUAAUGUGGAUGAUUUGAAAUCAAUUACAUUUGAGAAUGAAUUGAGAAAUAAACAAAGAGUUCUCAAAUUAAAAUAUAACAGGUUAAAAAUAUUGAUGUCCAAUUUAAUUUUAUAUAUACAACAAUAUAGGUAUUUAAGAAAUAAUUUGGCCCUAUUUAAUUUGGCAUACAAUUUAUAUCCUAUGCAAAAAUACUGUCCGGUUUCUAAUAUAUCGACUAAAAUGCAUGAAAAGGCUACAUUCUCUGAAGACUUUAUUCCAAAUUUUAAAAAAGAUCUUAAUAUUGGCGAAUUGAAUGAGAUGGAUCAGGAGAAAUUUUUGGAAUUAAUUAAGGACAAUUUUAAUGGAGAAUUUAAUGCACAUUUAGAUAUGAAAGAUGAAGAAAAUAGUGAAUGUAUUACUACUGAACAUCCUAUUAUUUUGAGACGUACCAGAAAUAUUGAUGAUUUGAGGAAAAUAAUAAGGAAAAUCUCUAUAUAUUCUGGAUUACCUAUAACACCUACAAAUAUUGGGGAAGUUGAUGCAUCCCAUAUUGCCUAUGUAGUCUCUCAAAGAACUGAGAUACCAAUGGAGAGACUUAUUAUAGAAAUUGGUUAUGAUACCCUAAUUAAUACAGCAGUAAAUUUUACGGAGAUUUUAUCCAAAUUUGUUAUUGGUCAGAAUGAUGCUAAAGAAAUGAUUUCAAAUAUUCUAAUUAGAGCUCAAGUAGGUCUGAUCCCUUCUAAUCGCCCAAGUGGUAGCUUUCUUUUUAUAGGUCCAACAGGAGUAGGUAAAACUGAAAUGGCAAAAGCUGUGGCAGCUACAAUUCAUUCUAUCAAAGGAAAACAAGAAGGUUUCUUUACUACCACUAAAUCUAUUGAGUUACCAUUAAUUAAAUUUGAUAUGUCUGAAUUCUCUUAUAGUGGAUCUGUACUAAGGCUAAUUGGAGAAGGUAAUUUUAAUGGUGAACUAAUUAAAGCUGUAAAUAAAAGACCUUUUAGUGUGAUUCUUUUUGAUGAAUUAGAGAAGGCACAUCCAUCAGUAUUUGCACUAUUUUUACAAAUUCUUAGUGAAGGCAAAUUAUCUGGACCAUUAGGAUCUGCAGAUUUUACUAAGGCUAUAAUUAUUGCAACUUCUAAUGUUGGAGCUCAACAGAUUAUAGAGCGUUACACUCGAAAUAAAAAUACUAAAAAUUCAACGUCGAACAAUUUAUAUACAGUAGAUGAUGAUGCAGAAACAAUUCCUACAGAACUUAUGCAUACUUUAACUAAGACAUUUUCAUAUGAAUUAAUUAAUAGAUUUGAUGCUUUGGUUACUUUCAGGCCUUUGGAAAGAGUAGAAAUUAUACACAUUAUAAAAAAUUGCUUUACAGAUUUAGUCCAUCAAAUUAAAAAGUCUAGACAGGUUGAAUUUGUAACUCCUAGCAAUUUAUUGUUACUAUAUAUUAUGGAGAAAAGUUAUAAUGAUAUGUUUGGUGCUCGACCUGUUUGUAAAUAUAUUGAAGACAAAAUUUUAACACCUAUAGCAAUUUUAUUACAGAAUAGACAAAUUGAAUCUGGUGAUAAAAUUGAAGUUUGUAUAAGACAAUUCCGAAGUAUGCGACAGUUUCAUUUAUCUCUGAAAAAACCUUUUGAGUUUAAGAUCUGCAAAAUGAAAAGUGAUUCUGAUCUGUGUAUUCCAAAUACUGAGAGGGUAAUUACCCCAUGA